AUGAGUCAAAUGUUCUUUGAGAAUUUAAUACAAAAAUAUCCUGAUUAUACAGAACAGUGUAAGACGCUUCAAGAAGAAAAAGAAAAGAAAUUAUAUUUCCAAUUAACAGAAGAAAGUGAAAAAUUUGUUAAUGAUAGAUUUUUACAAACUAUUGGAGUUAUUAGUGAUUUUUAUGAAUUAUUUAUUCGUGAUAUACAAAAGAAAAUAAAUCCAAUUAAAUUAACUCAAAUUGUUAUUGCUGUUUGUAAAGGAUUUAAAGAAUAUUCUAAAGCUAUUGAAUUAGUUAAUAGUAUUAUGGAUGAUGUUAAAAGUGAUCUUGGAGCACGGUGUUUAUGUUAUUCAAUAAUUGGAUAUUACAAAUUGUUAUUAAAUGAUAAUAAUGGAGCACGUGAUGAAAUUGAUAAAUUAACGAGACUUUUAGAACAUGAAGAAGGAUUAGAGGCUAUUGUAUAUAGUCAAUAUCAUUAUUUAUGUACAUGUUAUUAUGAAAGUAAAAAUGAUGCAAAUGAAUAUUUUAUUAGUGGAGUAAAAUAUUUAAAGUUUGUUGAUCAAAGUAUAAUGGAAUUAGAUGAUAAAAUAAAAUUUGUAACAAACUUGGUUAUUGCAGCAUUAGUAGGAAAUAAAGUAUAUAAUUUUGGAGAAUUUCUUAAUAAUCCUAUUUGUGAUUCAGUUCAAAAUGAAGAACGAGUAGGUAAAUUAAUUACUUUAUUAAGAGCUAUUAAUAAUGGAAAUAUGAAUCAAUAUCUUCAAGUUCAAGAAGAAUUAUCAACAUUAUUUGACACUGAACCAUCUCUCAAACAAAAUAAAAAUCAAAUUAUUGAAAAAGCAUCUAUUGUUUCUUUAAUGGAAAUGGUCUUUAGAUCUCCAUCUCAAAACCGUACUUUCAGUUUCGAGCAAAUUUCAUCAACUACUCAUGUCCCUAUUGAAUAUGUUGAAAUUCUUAUAAUGAGGGCAUUGUCAUUAGGAUUAGUUAAAGGAUAUAUUUCUCAAACAACUUCUGAAGCAACAUUUACUUGGGUUCUUCCUCGAAUCUUAGAUAAAACACAAUUUACCUUUGUGAGUCAAAAAUUACAAGAAUGGAUGGAAAUGACACAUAAAACAUUAGAAGUUAUGGAACAAGCUGAAUUUCAUUAA